UCAACUUCAGAGCGGCGGCAACAUCUGCGCGAGAGCACACGCGAGAGACAGACAGACACACAGAGAGAGAGAGAGAGAGAGAGAGAGAGAGAGAGGAUCUGAGAGGCUUUUUAGAGCAUCAGCAAGGAACACUAGAUACACAGGAAGACAGCAACAUAAGAAGCGAGACGGGGUGUGUGUGUGUGUGUGUGUGUGUGUGUGUGUGUGUGUGUGUGUGUAUAAAUGCGAGUGUGUAGUCGUUUGUGAGAGUCUGAGGGCACGCUGCCUUCCCGAGGGGGUCGCGAGGGGCGAGGGCUGAGAGGAGGGUGGCUGAACGCUCUCUGCUCUCUCGCCCUGCGCUACUGCUGCCCCCUCCGCCGCUCCUCGCCACCCCCCGCGCCGCUCAUCUGCCCCUCUCCACCCGCCCCACAGCCGCUCCUUUCCCCCCCCUCCCCGCCGUGGUGCGUGUGCAGCAUGGAGCCGGAGCGUGACGUGGCCGAGCCGGAGCUGAGAGAGCGCGCCGAGCCUCUGAGCGGCGUGGAGCGCGCCAUCGUGCAGGACACCUGGGCGCGAGUGUACGAGAGCUGCGAGGACGUGGGCGUGGCCGUGUUGGUCAGGUUCUUUGUGAACUUCCCAUCAGCAAAGCAGUACUUCAGUCAGUUUCGAGACAUGGACGACCCGGAGGAGAUGGAGAAAAGCACCCAGCUGAAGAAGCAUGCAUGCCGUGUCAUGAACGCCAUCAACACAGUGGUGGAGAACCUCCACGAUCCGGAGAAGGUCUCGUCCGUGCUGGAGCUGGUGGGGAAAGCCCAUGCGGUCAAACACAAAGUGGAACCCAUGUACUUUAAGAUUCUAAGUGGUGUGAUCCUUGAGGUUCUCUCUGAAGACUUGGGCGACUGUUUCACCGACGAGGUGCAGAUGGCCUGGACCAAGCUGAUGGCACUGCUCUACUGGCACAUCACUGGAGCGUACCAAGAGGUGGGCUGGGUCAAACUGUCCAGCUCAGCCGUCUGAGGAGCUGCCGGUUCACUGCCCUCCUGACCAAUAUUCUGAAAAGAAAAGUCAAUUGUCAAAGAAAAAAACUGGUUUUAUCCAAAACACACACUCACUACACUACAUCAUCAUUUAUUCUGGUUCUUCUGUAUCUGUAACAACAAUCUUUAUAUUGUGGACAUACAGGGAUUUGGAAUAGAAAUAAGAGAGAAUAGAAAUAAGGCAAUCUAUAAAUUCAUCAUUUAUUUUUUGACCUUCGUUUUAAUUUCCUUUUCUGUUUUGGUGGCAUUAAAGAACAUUUAUAUCUCACCAAACCACCAUUUACACAGCAAGCAACAACAACAACAAAAAAAAGGGUUCUCUGGGAGAACCCUCGUAGGGACUGAGGUAAAGAACACUUAAUAAUCCAACGAAGAACUGAUGAAGAACCAUUCGUUCCAUUUGCUAAAGAGUGUUAGCCCUUAGUUUAACACCGUACAUUUCUGGAUUUGUCCAUCUGAGGGAACUCUGAAUGGUUCUAUAUAACAACAAGUUGUUUACCAGUCAGAGUGAGGUUCCAAGUAGAAUCCUUAGUUAUCCAAUGAACCCUCAAAGACCCAUCAAGUCUCACAAAUACUUCAGUACCUCCUGGCCUUUAUUUUUUCAGCAUAUAAUAUAUAAUAAUACAUGCGUUCUUUGGUUGUCCUACUUCAGAACACUUCUUAUGUCCAAUCUUAUCCACUAAGCACUGUUGUGGGUGCAGGUUUUCAAUCCAACCAAUCAGAAGCCACACCUGAUUCCACCUGUUUAAUAAGAUGAUGUUGGCUUUCAAUAAGCUCAGGUGUGGCUUCUGCUUGGUUGGAUUGAAAACCUCCACCCACACCAACCCUUUGUGGAUAAGCUUCAGAGGGUAUCUGCAGAGGGCCAUAAAGAAGCGGUUUCCUGCUAUCGACUAUUAAGCAGAAACCUUUUUGGAAGCUAAGGACUCUUUAACAUCCAAUAAACCCACUGGAAUAACCUCUGAACUUCAAAAACAAUCCAAAUUAAAACUGCUUUUAAAAAUCUAAAAAAAAAAAUAAAAAAAACACUCAUUAAACAAUUAAUUUAUCAAUUAAUCUGUUGCAAUCCAUCUAAUUAAGAUAAUUAAUUGCAAAGACAUAUACUAUUUUUAACCCAUCUUCAUCAAGGGGUGCCAAUAAUUUUGGAGUCUAUACACAAGAUAUUAUUUUAGAUAUUAAAGUAAAAAAAAAAAAAUGCCACACCUACAAAAUGUUAUACUACAUUGGUUACUUGUUGCUUGCUGGUGUAGAUGUGAGACAACGGUGUGUUUAUUUCCGCCCGAAAAGACGGUGAUUAAAUGAUUACUGUUUUAUAGAUAAGCGCAGAGCAGAAUUAACACGUGAGUCACGUGAUAGACACGUAGAGAAAUUAAAUCAUGUUAAAGACCUGUUUUAUACCUGAAAUAUCCAAACUGUAAGAAAAGGUCCACCAGGUAAUUAUAGCUCUACAUAGACAAAAACCUGUAAUUAUCAUAAAUUACUGUAAUUAC